CAUUAGAUUCCAAAUAUUAUAUAUCUACGAUCAAGCAUUAUCAUCUGCUUGGCUUACAAUUCUGAAAUGGAUCUUCAUUAACAUUCUCAUUUCUUGAUUUUAAACAAAAAAAAUUUGGGAUAAUUUAUCAUCUGAAAUUCUGCAUUUUUUUUUUGAAAAAAAUCAAGAGAGAAUAAAAAGUUGGAAGCUUUUGAUUUCGUCCAUCUUCUGUUUUUUUUUUUUUUGGGGGUGAAUUGUGAUAUUUCAUUGUUGAUUUAAUAAUGGCUGAGGUUCACACUGAUGUUGAUUCUAUCGUCACUGACGGAACUGAGAAGAGCCUGGUGACGGAUUCUAAACCGGAACCGGAAUCGGGCCUCAAACCCAAAUCCGAACCGGAUGUUGAUCAAAUGAAGAAGCUUGCGCUGAAUCCUGAAGCUAAGGAGUUUGUCCCUUCUUACAAGAAGAAGAAGAGCAAUCAGUCUCUGUCUUGUGACGAUUUUGCGACCGCUAAGAAGAAGCAGUCUGGUGAUGAGGACAACAAAAAGGAUGGCAAUUUCCGGAGGAGAGGAAACAAUUAUAACCAAGGGAGGAAAGUGAGGCUAACUGGAAGAGCUUCCAAGGCUCAAAGAGAGGAUAGUAUCAGAAGAACAGUAUAUGUCUCUGACAUUGAUCAAAGUGUGACUGAGGAAGUCUUAGCUGGCUUGUUCAGCAGCUAUGGACAAGUUGUUGAUUGUAGAAUCUGUGGAGAUCCACAUUCAGUUCUUCGCUUUGCCUUUGUUGAGUUCUCUGAUGACCAUGGUGCAAGGGCUGCUUUAAGUGUAGGUGGAACAAUGAUUGGUUAUUACCCAGUUAGGGUCUUGCCUUCUAAAACUGCUAUUCUUCCAGUCAAUCCCACAUUUCUCCCCAGGUCAGAAGAUGAGAGGGAGAUGUGUUCAAGAACCAUCUACUGCACUAAUGUUGACAAGAAUGCCACUGAAGAUGAUGUCAAAAUCUUCUUUGAGUCUGCCUGCGGUGAGGUAACUCGCAUAAGGCUUCUUGGUGACCAGUUGCAUUAUACUCGCAUAGCUUUUGUAGAAUUUGCCAUGGCAGAGAGUGCAGUUGGGGCGCUCAACUGCAGUGGAGUAGUCUUAGGAUCUCAACCGAUAAGGGUAAGCCCUUCAAAGACACCAGUGAGACGAAGAUUCAGCCGAUCACCAUCCACAAACUAGGAGAGAAACAGAACCCGAGUGGCUUUGUUGGUGCAGAAGAGUGGUGCAACAUUUCGUUUUUUUUUCCUUUAGUAAUUUUUUCUUUUAUCUUUUACUUUCUCUAGAGCGGAGUUAUAUCUCCAGUUCUAUUGUAUCUGGAAACGAAAACAACGAUGAACAUGCUUCUUAAACUUGGGGUUCUUGUUCUGAGACUCAUUUGAGUUUACACUAUCUUUCUCAAAUGGAAUUUUUUUCGUUUU